AUGUUGGUUGUGUCCGACGUAGGCAUGCAUAGGAAGAUUCAAGGUGCCAGGAAACGUCUCAAAGCAGAAGCUAUCACUAAGCUCAAAUGUCUUGGCGAAUACAUUGAGCGGCUGCUCCUUGAUAUGAAGAUUCCGCACGAUCAGCUGUUCGAGCUUGCUGUUCCAAAUUAUCUGCAUCCUGCGUAG